AUGGCUGACGUCGACGGCGCGUGCGCGCGCCUCAAACGCGCCCUUCGACGCGCAAAGUUUCCGCGAAGCAGAGCGGGAACACGAAUCGACACCGAGCUGAAGAGAGGGGAUGGUAAAACUUUCGUCGCCAUCCUUCGCCAUGCGCUGUGCGCGCGCUCAAAGCCGGUGUCCAGGCGCGUUUACGAUCGUGGGCACGAUCUCGUGGGCGUCGAGUCGCCUUUACGAUUCACCGAACGCGCGUUCAGGGCGACGAUCGAUGUGUUCGGGUACAAGCCAAAGUUGAGCGCGUCGCAAUUCGCGUCCACGAACGGGUUCGCCGUGGUGAAGAUGAUGACGGUCAUCGACGUUCUCGCGCACGUGGAGGCGAUGGAAGUUAAUAUCGAACGGGAAGUCGCGCGCGAAGCGUCUCGACGACGCACGAGCGGAGGUCUCACCGGGUCGUUGCUCGACGCGGGGCCGCGCCGUCGCUCGGCGCUGGAGCCUCGCUUCGCGCGGGGCCGAGUCGAGGACGAGCGUGGUGUGGACGAGUCGAACGAUGCGCACGCACACACGUUCUGCGACACCGACAACUGGGUGACACGCUUGGGCGAUGAGUACGACGAUGUCGUAUACGAAGCGCCUAUUCGCGGCGUCGUGUACACCAAUCCCGGAUACGUCGUUCAUCGCCGCGCGCGAUCGCCGCGCGAACCGGUAUUCGAUGCGUCCGUAUCGAUUGAUUCCUUACGCGUUGAAUUCGCUGAAGUUCUUGGUAGGCUGACACGCGUAGAAAACGAACUCACCGAGGUCGCCGCGAGGUGUUUGAAGUUGGAACGCCGCGAGGCGCAAACUCUGAAGAAGGUUGACCGCGCGCCGGCCGCUUCGCGAGACGCAUCGCCUUCGAUUCUAUCGGACUCGGUUGAAAUUCGCCAAGCCGACUCACCGUCGAAGGAAUCUACCGAAGAGUUCAUCGCGCGGUAUCUUAGAAAGUUGCGCGACGUCGUGCGAGAAGAAGAGACUCGCUUUGAUUGCUGA